AUGAAUUUCAAGCGACAGCAGGGACGGCCCGAGUUUGUCGGCGCGCAGAAGCCAGCGACAGCGAGGCAGGCCUCUGGCAGCGGCAGUGGUGGCGCUGCCAGCGUGAAGAAGGGGCAGGCGGUUGCCUCCUUCUAUGCUUCCCUAGUCAACACCUCGGAGGCGCGCUGGGUCAGCGGCGGCACACUGCAGGAUGGCGGCGAGACCGGCGGCAGCGGCCCGGCAGCAGUAAGGUCGGGAGAUUAUGCCACCACAAGAGCAGUAGGAGGAGCAGCAGCAGCGGCACCGCCAGAGACGGGAGAGCCGUCGCACGCUGGGCUGGGCAGCGCCGCAGCGCGUGCAGAGCAGGAGGCCGAGGAGCGCCAGCUGCAGUACAACCAGCCGGCCGGGCCGUGGCCCCGCGGCGAGCAGCCCGCGGCUGCAGGUGGGGCCGAGCAGGCGCCGCCCCCUCGCCAGCAGCAGCAGGAGCUGCCGGGUGCAGAGCAGGCGCAGGCGAAGCAGCGGCGGGCGCCCAGGGAGGGAAUACGGUACGGCAUUUCCCGCACCAACGUGGGCUACCAGUUGCUGAAGAAAGCGGGGUGGGCAGAGGGUUCAGGCCUCGGCGCCCAGGAGCAAGGAGUGGCAGAGCCGGUAGCCGCCUUCCAGCAGAAGGGCAACCUGGGGCUGGGCUAUGCACCCAGGCCGCAGCCCAAGGCCAAGCAGCAGGGCGGCGCGGCAGGCGCUGCGGGCGCGGCAGCGGCAGGGCAGGGAGGAGCAGCAGCAGGCCGGCAGCAGCAGCAGCAGCUGCCGAAGCGGCCGCUCCCUGAGGACCCUCUUGAUAAGGAGGACACAGAGACCAAGGUCAAGAGAGUGCGCCAGGUCAUGCAGGCGGAGGCAGAUGAUAAAGCGGGCAAGGCCAUCGCCCGCUACAUGCACAUGGCCUUCAACGAAACCACGGGGGAGCCCACCCGCGACUCCAACCCGCUCCUGCGCCGCAGCCACAAGCUGUCGGCCACCAACCCGCUGCUGCACCGCACCGUUCCCCUGGUGUGCCAGCGCUGGAAUCAGGCGGCGCACAGCCCGCCCCUGCUGCGCAGCCUGAGCGCGAGCAUCGAUGGCCACAGCGGCAAACGCUUCCGGCGCCGCCUGCAAUCGCUAUGUGGCUGGCUGCGGCAGGUCUCAGCGGCGCAUGUGCGGGAGCUGCGGCUCACAGUGCAGCCUCGUGGGCCUAGAUUGUCCGUGAAGCGGCACCGUCGUCUGACAGAGCAGCAGCUGCAAGAUUGUGCUGCAGAGCUGGCGGACUCGCUGGCGGCAUGCAGCCGCCUGGAAGCGCUGGACCUCUCCCUCGGCUUUGAGUACGACCUCAGCAGAUGUGUGGCGCCGCUGCACAGCCUGCGGCGCCUGGACACAGAUGCGCUGAGUGGAUGCGAUGCUGUGAGGCUCUCAGAGUCGCUGGGCCACCUGACAGCGCUGGAGCAUUUGCGGCUGGAUGUGGGCGAGGAGCUGGACAUAGACUGGCAGGACCCAAGCAUCCACCUGCCGCCGUUCCUGACCAGCCUUGAGGUUGCAAAUGAUGCCGGCAUCGAGACAAGAUUCAGCAUGGAUUUGAUGUUUCCUGUUCAGAUUGGUGACCUGAGCAGACUCUGCAGCCCCUCACUGAUCAAUUGUAUCAUCAACGUCGACACCUACACGCCUCUCACCCGCUUAACCACCCUGCGGCGACUAAACUUGCUGCAUUGCUACGGGAUUCCAGCCUGCCUCCAUCAGCUUACCACCCUGCACUCUCUCGCAGUCGUUCAGACUGAACAGUAUAAUGAUCAACGUGACGACGAUUUUGCGAGGGUGGAGCAAGCAUUGCCACACCUGCAACAGCUGACGUUUCUGGAGCUGGACGGUUACCCAAAUGUACCGACAACGUUGUCCAGCCUGCAACACCUGCGCUCUUUGUGGCUGACACCAGCAUGGGAUGAUGAGGCGCUGCCCACCGGCCCCUGGCAGGCCAGCCUGCGCGAGCUUGGCGCAUCGCCCAACCUCAUUGCUCUCAGCCUGCCAGCGCUGGCGACGGCGCAGCAGCUGGAGGUGCUGGAGGUGCUGGGAGCGGGGCUUAUCUGGUUGGUCAUCUGCGUGAUGGGGCUGGCAAGCAAGCUGAGGGAUGCAGCUGGGGAUGGGGACGAGGAGGCUGUGCGUCAGCUGCUGGCGGCAGGCGCACCGGUGGAUCAACCUCAUGCGAGCGACUACUAUAUGACCUACUGGUAUUCAUUCUGGGACACGGCACGCUGCCUGCUGCGGGCGGCGCCUGCAGUGCAGCCAUCCUUGGGAAUCUUGCUACAGUCCGGCGGGGAGUCUGCCUACCUCUACGCCAACUUGGCGGCCUGCCUGCCGCUCAGCCGGGAGCAGUGGCACUCGAUUCCUGCGCCCAGCCCCGACCUAGCUCGAGCGCUGCCUGCCGUGCUCGAGCGCUCCGCGGCAGAGGCGGGGUGGCUGGUGGGGCUGCUGGCAGAGGAGCAGCGUGCACGGCUGCGGGCAGCGGCGCUCAGUCUGGCGUGGGCGCAGCAGCAGAGCAGGACCGUGCUGCCGGCAGAGCUGAGCGGGCGCAUCCUGGCGCUGUACAUGCACGUGUGGGAUCCCUGGGACCCCUGA